AUGGAUUCAUAUAGAAGGAACCGUAGAAAGAAAUGUCGAUUUGUUCCAUCUACUGAGAUAAAUGGACAAGAAACAAGUAAUACUAGCAAUUCAUGUUACCUCGGCCAUAUCUGCAGUUACUUGAUACUGUCGAGCUUGAUCGUAAUAGUUUAUCUGCUUAUGGAAUACAACUGCACCACUUGUAAGGCUAAAUGUGACUUAAACUGUAUCAGUAAGCACGUCGAGAAUAUAUCGACUCACUUAAGUUUCAUGAAAGAUUGCUAUAAAGAUCUGGAGAAUCAGGUGUUGAAAUUGUCUCGCGAGUUUCCAAAAUUUGAAGGGCAACUAGAAGUGCUGGAAACUCUUGCUAACACACUCGAUGCUAACGAAAACGGUUGGGAUCCGAAAACACAAGAGCCUUUGCCUUACGUCGGUGUAUCACUGGAAUAUUCGAGAAAACCCUUUCGUAGAUUAAACAAAAGUACACAAAAUUCAUAUGCAAUGGAAGCUAACGUAGGUUAAAAUAAAAUUAAAGUUGGGGAA